GUCCUUUGCUCAACGUAAGAGCCGCCGCGGCGCGUGGAGGAGCUCCCGGAACCACAUUGGCCCAGAGAUCCGGUCCGUUCCCCGCCGAACCGAGCGGAUCAUGGCGGGCGGCUGGCGGCGCGCUGCCGCGGUGAACCACGGCCUGACGGCGCUGUUCGCCAUGGGCUCCUGGGUUUCCGUCAACAGCCUGUGGGUCGAGCUGCCAGUGGUGGUCAGAGAGCUGCCCGAAGGCUGGAAUCUUCCUGCGUACCUCUCGGUGCUUAUCGCCUUUGGAAAUCUGGGUCCCAUCGUGGUGACGGUGGCGCACCACUGCGCUGCAGGUCGCCUGAACGAACGUGUGGCCAUUCACUCCAUCCAGGCGCUGGCGGUGGUGGCGUCAGGGUUCCUGGCCCUUUUCUGGUCCCGCCGGGUGCCGAUCGCAGGAGCGGAGCGGUCACUCCCCUUCCUGCUGCUCAGCUUUACCCUGGCUCUGGUCUGCUGCACCUCCACCGUCACCUUCCUGCCAUUCAUGUUCCGCUAUCCUCCAGAGUACAUCCGCACGUUCUUCAUCGGCCAGGGCUUCAGCGCCUUGUUCCCCUGCGUGGUGGCUUUGGGUCAGGGCGUCGGCAAGCUGGAGUGUAAAACCGAGAACGACACGGUGAAGCCGGAGUACCUGGAGGAGAACUUUCCUGCCCAAAACUUCUUCUGGUUCCUGUUUGUGAUGCUCGCCAUCUCGGCCUUGAGCUUCACGGCUUUGACACAAAGACGGGCCGAGUCCCAGCCGGAGAGGCCGCCCCAAGAGUCCAACGGCGCCGAGGCAGCGAAGAGCGGAGAGGAGACGCACCGGCUGUACAACGGAGGAACGGCGGCGCCGGAGGAGCCGGUCGGCCCGGAGCCAGCCGCUCCCAGGUUCUGGACGGGACGAAACGUCUACCUGCUGGCGCUGCUCGCUGCCUCCAACGCUCUGACCAACGGAGUGCUCCCAUCCAUCCAGAGCUUCUCCUGUCUGCCCUACAGUAACAUGACCUUUCACCUCUCUGUGGUCCUCGGCAACAUCGCCAACCCCCUGGCUUGCUUCCUGGCCAUGUUCGUGGUGUUGAGGUCCCCUGUAGGCCUGGGCCUGGUGUCGCUGACGGCGGGCGUGUUCGCCGCGUACCUGCUGGCGCUGGCGGCGCUCAGCCCCUGCCCGCCGCUGCAGGCCAGCCUCGCUGGGAAAGCCUUGGUGGUGGGCUCCUGGAUCCUCUUCACCGGGCUGUUCUCUUACUUGAAGGCGUCGAUCGGCGCGCUGCUGCACGGCGCCGGCCGCGCCGCGCUGCUGUGGGCCGGCGUGGCCAUCCAGGCCGGCUCCCUGCUGGGCGCGCUCGCCAUGUUCCCGCUGGUCAACGUCUACCAGCUGUUCGCCCGCGGCCACGACUGCGAGGACGUCUGCAGCAACAGGACUGCAGCUCCUCCAGCAGGGGGCGCAGUUGAUCCUGAUCUCCGGACGUUUCUGGACUGAUGGCUGCAGGACGAAGGAAGCAGGACGAAGGAAGCAGGACGAAGGGAGCAGGACGAAGGAAGCAGGACGAAGGAAGCAGGACGAAGGGAGCAGGACGAAGGAAGCAGGACGAAGGGAGCAGGACGAAGGGAGCAGGACGAAGGAAGCAGGACGAAGGAAGCAGGACGAAGGGAGCAGGACGAAGGAAGCAGGACGAAGGGAGCAGGACGAAGGGAGCAGGACGAAGGGAGCAGGACGAAGGAAGCAGGACGAAGGAAGCAGGACGAAGGGAGCAGGACGAAGGAAGCAGGACGAAGGAGCAGGACGAAGGGA